CGCUACAUCUCCAAAAUAUGGAACUGCCCAGGAUGCUGGCGAAGUCGAUGAUUAGGAGAAUGUCCAUUUGAUCCGACACGUACACAAAGUAUCGUGGUAGAUAGUUGGUAGCAAGAUACUUUUUAAGUAUUUCGUUACUGAAGUUUCUAACCCGUACCGACAUUAUAAUAUGCGUGAAAUUAUUUCAGUGCAUAUUGGACAGGCCGGUGUCCAAGUGGGGCAUGCAUGUUGGGAACUGUACUGUCUGGAACAUGGAAUCUCCCCGGAAGGCUACAUGCCACAUCAGUUGGCCAUGGCUGACGAUUCCUUUAACACUUUCUUUCAGGAAACCGGAGCAGGGAAACACGUUCCCCGAGCUACUUUCGUCGAUCUCGAGCCGACAUGCAUUGACGAGAUACGAACUGGUGUGUAUCGUCAACUGUUUCACCCCAAUGCACUGAUAAGUGGUAAAGAAGACGCUGCCAAUAAUUAUGCCCGAGGGCACUACACGAAGGGCAGCCAAAUGCUGGAUAUUGCUGUGGAGAAGAUUUGGAGACAAGCUGAAGAGUGUGCAUCUCCGCAAGGAUUUUUUUUCUUUCACAGUUUCGGUGGCGGGACUGGUUCCGGUUUCUGUUCUCUGCUCCUAAACAAAUUGAGAAAUGACUACGCUAAAAAAGGAUUGAUGGAGUUCGUCAUUUAUCCAUCACCCAAUAUCUCCACAGCUGUUGUCGAGCCUUACAAUUCGAUAUUAAACACACACGCUAGCAUCGAAAGCUCAGACUGUUGUUUUCUAUUUGACAAUGAAGCCUGCUAUGACAUAUGUAGACGAAACUUAGACAUGGAGCGUCCCUCCUACACCAAUUUGAAUAGACUUAUAGCACAGGUGGUCAGUGCCAUCACGUCUCCCUUGAGAUUUGAAGGCUCCCUCAACACAUCGCUGUCCGAGUGGCAAACCAAUCUGGUGCCCUUUCCCAGAAUUCACUUUCCUCUGGUCACGUAUGCUCCGUUCAUCUCCGCGGAGAAGGCGUACCACGAGACUCUGACCACGUCCCAGCUGACCAACAUGUGCUUCGAGCCGGCCAAUCAGAUGGUGAAGUGCAACACCAGCCACGGCCUCUUCAUGUCCUGUACGAUCCUCUUCCGCGGGGAUGUGACUCCGGGGGAUGUCAACGCAGCCAUUAGCAGUAUCAAAUCAAGAAGAACGAUUCGCUUUGUCGACUGGUGUCCUACUGGUUUUAAGGUUGGCAUCAACUUCCAACCACCUACAACAGUACCUGGCGGAGAUCUAGCAGCUACUAACAGAGCAGUAGUCAUGCUCAGCAACUCUACGGCCUUAGUGGAGGCUUGGGCUCGACUCAAUCACAAGUUUGACCUGAUGUUCGCCAAGAAGGCCUUUGUGCACUGGUACACAGAAGAGGGAAUGGCCCAGACAGAGUUUCUUGAUGCCAGAGUUGAUUUGGCAGCAUUGGAGAGGGACUAUUACGAAGUUGGACUGCCAUCAUAACCCACUUUUUGCAAGCUCUGCCAAAGUUGUAAACAGCUUCUUCAAAUAACAGAACUGUUAGAAAGUUUACCAGAUCUGCCGCAUUUUACAUGACACAACUAUUACGAAGUUGAGCUAUAGUGUAUCCUACCUUUUAACUAUUUAUGUUAAAUAACAGUUUGACAUACGGUUUCAACAUAAUAGAAUUUCAUUGGGGCAAAUAAGUGGGCUGAUGUGUCACCACAUCAUUGUGAUGCUUGAUUACCUGACGGCUGCAUACAGAGCUUUCUGAAUUGAUAGGUUCACUUAUAUAAUACCCAGAAUAACGAUAAGUCUGAACGGUGACAAAGUGUUAUGUCUUUAUAAAAUAUAUAGCUAAUGAAAUGCUUAUUUCAUUGUACGUUGAAAACAGUUUCUCGAGAUUUCUGGUUGUAAAAAGAUCUUGUACAAGAUAUUUUAUUGUGCGGUAUUUUUGUUAAAAAUGUGUGUAGUCCAGUAAAACAGCUGCCUAGGAUUUGUUUUGUUUUUUCUGUCAGCAAUCAAAUAAAAAAAAAUCAUGCAAGAA